ACAAAUUGACAGUCAGCCAUCUCAGUUGUCAGUCUCAUGGAGCGGGCCCCAUUUCAGUUAGGGAGCUUACUGUAACACACCAAGUACCAGUGCAGAGGCGGUGACAUUUGAGAGGGAGGGUGAAGGUUGUUCCCGGCCCUGGAGCAAAAGGGAGCGAAAGGACGGGAGGGGCCAGGCGCAGAUUGAAUUUCAACAGGACAGCAUUCCCAAAAAAAUUUAAGACAGACAACAUAAGAGAGAGAAGAGGGAAGGACAGAAUUGUGAGUAUUGAACAGCAAACAGGUAGAAAGGAUAAUUCGUGAACAGGUCAGAGAGGUGAGAGACAGGAGUGGACGAGUACUGGAGGAGUGUCCAUCAAGGAGUGUCUCGGGGUUGGGGACAACCGUAGAAGACCACGUGUUGGACGGACAGGCCGACAUGGUGACAGACCGAAAGAUUCAUGGGAGAAAAACAAUGUGACUUUCCAUCCCGCAAUUAGUCUCCGUUAGCGGCUGCCAGUCACUCAACCCACAUCCUCUUUAAGUCCAAACUGUCCUUACUACACACAAAGGAGAAAGGGCCCGGAUUGUGGACUACGCCAAUAAAGGCAGGGAUGGAAAACAACGACCCAGAAGGAGGUGGAGAAGGAGGAAGGAGAGACAUAGAAGGAGAGAAAGACAAACGGCUGAAGAACCAACUCAACAGCGAGGAGAAGGGCGAGAAAGAGAACCAAGUGGGCGGUGAGAAGGAGAGGAAGCGGGUGAGCCGGCGGUCCGGAUCACUGUGGAGGAGCGGCUGGGUGCCGAGCGAACGUCUUGCGAUCAACGUCUCAGGGAUGCGCUACGAGACCCAGCUCCGCACCUUGGCCCAGUUCCCAGACUCCAUGCUGGGCGACCCCAGGCGGCGGCUUCGCUACUUCGACCCAUUGCGCAAGGAGCUCUUCUUGGACCGCAACCGGGCCUGUUUUGACGCCAUCCUCUACUUCUACCAGUCGGGCGGGCGGCUCCGGCGGCCCGCCAACGUGCCCCUGGACAUUUUCAUAGACGAGCUGUAUUUCUAUGAGCUGGGCGAGGAGAUCAUGGCACGCUUCAAGGAGGAUGAGGGUUUCCCCAAGGAGGAAGCCCCAUCGCUGCCCGUCAACGAGGUCCAGCGGAGUCUGUGGAUGCUUUUCGAGCACCCGGAGUCGUCAUCGGGCGCGCGCAUCAUCGCCAUCGUCAGCGUCAUGGUGAUCGUGGUGUCCAUCCUCAUCUUCUGCCUAGAGACGCUGCCUGACUUCAGGAGCGAGAAGGAGCUUCGUGAGGAGUACUUCUACAAGUACCACGCCCACGACAAGAACAUCUCCAUACACAUGCUUCCCCCUGCCAGUGUCUUCCAGGAUCCCUUCUUCCUGGUGGAGACUAUAUGUAUCUGCUGGUUCUCUUUUGAGCUGUUCAUGCGUUUCAUUUGCUCGCCCAGCAAGAUGCACUUUUUCAAGGACGUGAUGAACGUCAUCGACUUCACCGCCAUCCUGCCCUUCUUCGUGACACUGAUCACUGAGCUCUCCAAGGACACGGAGAACGCACCGGGAAUGUCACUGGCCAUCAUCCGUGUAAUCCGGUUAGUUAGAGUGUUCAGGAUCUUCAAGCUGUCCCGCCACUCCAAGGGCCUGCAGAUCCUGGGCCAGACGCUGAGGGCCAGCAUGCGUGAGCUAGGCCUACUCAUCUUUUUCCUCUUCAUUGGCGUCAUCAUCUUCGCCAGCGCCGUCUUCUUCGCCGAGGCCGACCACAAGGACACCGCGUUUGUCAGCAUCCCCUGCGCCUUCUGGUGGGCCGUGGUUACCAUGACCACUGUGGGCUACGGUGACAUGUACCCAGAGACGGUGUGGGGCAAGCUGGUUGGCUCCAUGUGCGCCAUCGCCGGCGUGCUUACCAUCUCGCUGCCCGUGCCCGUCAUCGUGUCCAACUUCAGCUACUUCUACCACCGCGAGACGGAGUGCGAGGACCAGACCCAGUACACACACAUCAGGACCUCGCUGUGGGAGGACGAGGAGCACCAGGAGGGGGAGGAAGAAGGGGACGGAGAAGGAGAUUACAAUGCCAUAGAGGGCAUCUGCAACCCUCUGAAUAGGACUCUGUUGGGGGGGCUGUGCACUGGGCAGAGCAGGGAGUCGAGUGGGGCGAAUAUGUACCUCAGGGAACCCCUGGUAACUCAGGUGUGACAACAGGAUGUGAUAACAGGAUGACCCUCAGUUGUGAUCCUGUCACAAAAAGAGAGAGAAACAAAAGAGUGAAAAAAUAGGGAUUGAAAAACAGGGAUUUACAAAUGUUUAAGACAGCUGAAUGGCAAACUGUCACUGGCCUAAAGUGUGAAAGCAGCAAUACGUGUAGCAGAAAAACAUACAUGCCUGUUUAACACUACACUCACCAGGGGAGGCAUUAAACGAUUGACUGGUGUAGGAACAUAGAAUUACACUACCGUAAAUUGCUUGCCAGAAAAAUAAAGGAGAUUGAGUGACAUGCUUAUCGCUUUCCAUGGUCAUGCUAUUUAUUAUUUAAACUAUGAGUUGUAAACUAUUCAUUGUAGUAUGAGCUUGUGUGUUCUUUUAAAGAGUUGAAUCUUCCUUGUCGUUUUAGUGCCGUCAAUAUAAAACCAUGGUGUCUUCUCCUCUUUAAUCUGAUCUAGAUUAUACAGUUUGUAAAAUGUAUAUUUAUUUACUUAUUUAUUCAGAUGUACUAUGAAAGAGCGCUUUCCGAAUGAAUAAGCAAAUGUCGGUCAACACAGACAAGGAGCAACUAUGAGAUAGACAUAGUGCACAAUGUUACUCAGUCACAGCUUCGCCAUCCCAAUGACGCAUGUGCUAAUGCUUAUAGAUAACAAGGUUUUACAUGCCACUUUAACAUUCUCAAUCGGACUACAGCUACAGCAUGCUUAUGAUGAUUGUGUGACUUCUUCUCAAGUUUAUACUGUAGAGCCAAUAUUUCCUGAUGGCUGGAGCUACAUACAUGUAGCAACAUUCUGGUUCCUAUUACUGUAUCAUCUGAUCUCUGAUCAGAUCACCGAACGUAUUGUUACCAAUUUAGAGGGAAGGAGCGUGGAGGUCGUUUAUUCUCAGGGUAACUUGGUGUGAAAGGCCGAUAUUUGUGUAUGUGUUGUUUUUAAUAAAGUUUAUAUUUUGUAAAUUUUCU